UUGGACAUGGUCUAGGCAACAGUUUCCAAUCCGGUUUAGACUAGUGACGGUCGAUUGGGGAAUCUUGUUGCAAAGUGACGCAGUUCAAUUGAUACUCAGUGGCUUUUGGUACAGUUCAAUUAGAAGGUGGACAACGUGCUGGAAUUGUAAUACGGUGAAACAUAAGUGAGUGGUUCUGUGAAGUUGAAAACGGCCAAGCAAAGGUUAAUUAUUACCCUGCAACUCUCCAGAUCUCGUCCAGCAUGUUACAUACACGCACGAUUGCUCUGCUGCUGGUGGGGCUAGUGGUGCUAGUGAAUGCCCAAACGUUUCAGUACUCCCGUGGAUGGACAAAUGGAAAGCGUUCGCCGUCGUCUUCAUCAUCGUCUUCACCAUCAUCCUCGGCUGCAAUGGAACCUUUAACUGCGAAUCAGCUGCUGGCCUCUGCUCUGUCUCCUGGGGGAUUAAACUCUUUAAAACCUAGUGAAAAAGCGCUCCUACGACGCUUUUUGCGGAACCCGUGCGAUCUUCGUGUGGCCAGCUUAUUGGCCGCUGCCCACCCAACCAAAGAGCUGUUUCCACUGGCCGGCAACAGCUUUGACAGUGCGGAAUCAGCCGGAGCAGCAUUCGUGCUGCCACCUUUCCUAAUGGAUCUCGACGAGAGCAACGGUGGCAUAGGUGGCAGCAAUUUGGCCAACAGUCGCUCGAUGGAGGAUGAGCUGCGCUUCAAGCGCGGUACGGCCUCCGGUUUCAGUGAUCAUCGUCAGAAAAUUGCUUAAAACAGUCCCCGCUAUAUCCGUUUUCACAUGCCCGUCAUCACAUGCCGCCAGACAUCAGAGUCAGUCAGUCAGUCACGUCGGGGAGGUCCGAGGAAGAGCGUAAAUCAGCGGAUACAGGUGCUACGCUUCAGGAUGGUGUCCACGUGGCGGUAAUUGUUCGCGAGACGCAUCCUUCAAGAGCUUCAGCAGGGGCAGAAGCAGCACCAGCAGCCGCACGUCAAGAGCAAGAAACGAUGAUUUAAUAAUGAUUCGCGUCGAAGGCAGGAAAAAAGGAAGAAACGAUUAUCCAUUUGUUGAAGUUUGACACGAUGUCCCAUUGAACACUCUACGGGGACAUGGUGUUUUCCGUUGUGGCGAUGGACAUAGUCACCGUAGUUAGUUAUACAACCCGCCAUUACCGAUCCUCAACUUGUUUAGGGGGGAGCUGCUUAUAUUUCUGCCCAGCGGAAAUUGCCCACCCUGGGAGCCUGUGUGUGGACUGUGCGAAAUAGUGUAUUAUAUUAACAGAUAAAGAUAAGGCGUUCUUGUCACGUUGAAGCAACA